UCAUGAAGUAGUAUAGAAGAUAUGAUUACUAACUAGAAGUUAAUCAUCAUGUAUGUUGCCCGAUGUCUGGUCAUCCUUUGGUCCAUUACUCAAUACUUGCUAGUAAUUGAUAUCUCUUCAUUUUCCAAUCCACGCACUAUCACCCCUCCUUGUUAUAUACUCUCAUGCAAAAAUCAUAUUUUAUUUCAUGUCUUGGAUAUUAAGACUCAACAAUAAAGUAC